UUUCAUAAUUUUGUCUUCUUCGAGCGACAUUUUCUAUUUUAAACAAGUAAACUGACUUCUUUAGCUUGUUUUGUUUUUUGGCUCUCCAGAAAUACAUCUUGAUCAUAUAACUCUCCUUGAAUGCCUUUCCACAAGUCGUUACAAAUGUCUAAGGACGAUUCAGGGGUAACCAAUCCUUUAACUUGGCUGGUAUCAUCUAAUGGUGACUUGGUUCGCUCUUUUCUGGCCGAGUUCAUUGGAACAGCGAUUCUGGUUAUAUUCACUUGUGGUACCUGUACAGCAACAUCACAAAAUCCCGAUACUUUAGUAUCUACUGCUUUAUCUUUUGGGUUGACUGUUGCUUGCCUUGUCUUUACCCUUGGUCAUGUCUCUGGUUGCCACAUUAAUCCAGCAGUUACCAUUGGUCUUCUAGUUAAUGGUCAAAUAAAUCUUAUCCGAUCAAUUGUUUACAUGAUUGCUCAAUUAACUGGUGGUAUCGCUGGUGCUGGUUUGCUUCAUGUCAUCCUAAAAGAUUCUAAAAGUAACCUUUGUGCCACUGCAUUGAAAGUUGACCCUAUCCAAGGAAUCAUCGUUGAGUGCCUUAUAUGCUUCCUCUUGGUCUUAACUGUUUGCAACGUUUGCCAAUCAAAUCCAGAAAUUGCUCCCAUCAUAAUAGCCCUUGCAGUCACCACUGGUCAUCUAUUUGCGAUCCCAUUGACCAGUUCCUCGAUGAACACUGCUCGAUCUUUUGGACCCGCUGUCAUUGCCAAUUUUUGGGACCACCAUUGGGUUUACUGGGUUGGACCGUUGCUUGGUGGAGCUCUUGGUGGCUUCUUCCAUCGAUAUAUCUUCAUCAACAAAUCCAUCUAUGACCAAUGCGAAACUUCGUCCAAAGCCAAUGAUGAAACUCCCAAUGUGACAACCUCCAUUUGAAAUAACCGAUUCAGUCUGAAGAUUUAUUGAGAUUUUCAGGCCUCUGAUUUUGGCGUUAUACUUUAUUUUACCCAUUACUUUAAGUUCUUUGAGUUCUUUGAGUUCCACCUUAGUUUUGUUUUCAUUUCAUUUGAUUCAUUUCUCUUUUGUUUCUCCAUUUUUCAAACCAAAACAAAAAGGAAAAUACCAAAAAAA